CUUUGACCAUAUCGAGACAGCGCGCGCCACGCCUUGCGUCAUUAAAAGCAAAAGAGAACAUUUUAACAAAGCUCCUGAUUAAGUUCGUGCAGUUGUUUUCUCAGUUUAAGGUCGAGUCCUCCCAAACGGUAUUCACAACAGGUUCGAAGUCAUGGCGCGUGGUGGACGCAUGCCUGCUCCGGUGUGUCUCAUUGAAAAUGACGACAACGGCAAGCUGCUUGUGAGGAAAGAAGGCAAAGACAUUCUGGACGGGAUCACUGAGCCGGUGGUGGUCGUGUCUGUAGUGGGACUCUACCGUACAGGGAAGUCUUAUCUCAUGAACCGCUUAGCGGGACAACAGUCAGGCUUUGCUCUCGGCAGCACGAUCGAAUCCAAGACCAAAGGCAUCUGGAUCUGGUGUGUUCCUCACCCAUGUAAAGAAGGCCACACUCUGGUGCUUCUAGACACAGAGGGACUUGGUGACGUACAGAAGGGGGAUGAGAAGCAUGACACAUGGAUCUUCUGUCUGGCUGUUCUGCUCAGCAGCUCUCUGGUGUACAACAGCUUAGGCGUCAUUGACAACACGGCGCUGGAAAAAUUGCAUUAUGUGACCGAACUGACGGAACACAUUCGUGUGAAGGCAAACCCAAGCAAAGACGAGGACGAGUCAGUGGAAUUCAUGCGGGUUUUCCCGUCUUUUGUCUGGGCUGUUCGGGACUUCACUCUGGAGUUGAAAAUAGCCGAUGAGCCCAUAACAUCAGACGAGUAUCUGGAAAGAUCACUGACACUCAAGAAAGGCACUUCUCCUCAAGCAGUGAGGUUUAACCUUCCUCGCCAGUGUCUGCGCAAUUUCUUUGCUGUGAGGAAGUGCUUUGUCUUUCCUCGACCUGCUGGUGCAGAAGACAUGAGGAAAAUGGAGAAGUUAACUGAGGAGGACCUGGAGCCAGAAUUCCUUCAACAGGCAAACACUUUCUGCCAAUACAUUUACAACUGCGCGGAGCCGAAAACUCUCAGCAGAGGUCGUGCGGUUACAGGAACUGCUCUGGGUAAUCUCGCUGAAGUGUACGUGGAGGCCAUCCGCAGCGGGAAGGUUCCCUGUCUGGAGAACGCGGUGGUUUCUCUGGCAGAGAUUCAGAACGGUCGUGCGGUGGAACAGGCCAUGGAGCUUUACAUGAAAGAGAUGUUCGAACGCACUCAGCUUCCUAUGGAUCCCGAAGAUCUAUCUGACAUCCACCAAAUGGCAGAGAAGGCGGCUGUUGAACUGUUUAUCACCAUGUCCUUCAAUGACAACGAACAAACUCAUCAACAAGAUCUCAUGGGAAAGGUCUAUAAUAAUUAUCAAGAGAUGUGUUACCAGAAUCAGGAGGAGUUUAUAAAACAGUGUGAAGCAGUUCAGCGUGAUGUGUUUGAAACUUUGGAAAAUGCCAUUUCUGCUGGAUUGUACAUGAGGCCUGGAGGAUACAGAGAGUACAAAGAUGCACUUAAAGAGCUGACCAAUGAGUACAGAACAAAGACACGGUCAAAACUAAUGAGUGAGGAAGUGUUAAGCACGUAUUUGAAAGCAAAGGAAGCUGUUGGAAAGAUGAUUUUACAGUCUGACCAGUCUCUCAGUGCAGCUGAACACGCAAGAGAAGUGGAGAGGUUAAAGAAUGAGGUUCUAGAGCAGCGACAAAGGAGUCUAGAGGAACAGAACCGCUUACAAGCGCAGGUGUUUCACGACAUGCAGAGAACCCAUGAUGAGCAUGUGAAUCAGCUCAUGCAUCAGAUGGAGAGAGAGCAAGAGAGAUUGAGAAGAGACAAUGAACGAGUCCUCGAUGCAAAACUCAAAGAGAGGGAAGCUCUUCUAACCCAGGACUUCCAGAGGGAUGCUGAUCGCAUGCAGAGAGAUAUUGACAGCCUGAAAGCAGACAUAAUAAAAGAAGAUGCAUCUAAACCCUCCACACUCAGCCGGGUUUUAGAUGGUAUCGGUACAGCAGCUACUUUCGUCUUGCCUGGUUUCAUACCUAAAGCGAUUGGUGCUGGUCUGUCCUUCCUCUCACGGCUUUUUUGAAAAUGGAUG